AUGGAUUUAAAGGCUGCUGGACAGAAAAGAUUACUACAGUUAAAUGAGUUGAAGGAAUUUCGGAACGAAGCUUAUGAGAAUGCUAAGAUUUACAAGGAAAGAACUAAAAGGUGGCAUGACCAAAAUUUAGUCAGGAAGGAGUUUCAACCUGGGCAACAAGUUCUACUUUUCAAUUCAAGGCUGAAGUUGUUUCCUGGUAAAUUGAAGUCAAGGUGGUCGGGGCCAUUUACAGUGGUCAAGGUGUUUCCUUAUGGAGCGGUGGAACUGAAAGGUGAAGGCCCUAAUACUUUCAAAGUUAAUGGGCAGCGGUUAAAGCUCUACUUGGGAGUGGCCGCGGCUAGAUAUAGAGCCGCCGCGGCCAUUUAA